AUAGCCCCAACUAUCUUUCACUACUUACUCUUUUUAAUGAACCCCACGCCAUCCUUAAUGAUCGUGUCCAAGUAAAUGGGACAACUAAAUUGGUUCGGAGGGAGUAUUAUUCUUUCUUCCUUCCUUGUGGGACGUUUAUUUUCCCCACAAUUCUUCUGUAUUGCCAGCUCCAAAGCCAUUUUCCCCCUUUUUCUUUUUUCUCUCUCACUUGCUUCGUUUUUUGUGCUAAAAUUGUUCAUUAUAUCGUUCUCUGAUCGUCACCAUCAUCAAUUUUUCGGGGACCUUGAUUGUUUAUUUGAUUCAGUGUUUUUUUGCCUUGCUGUUACCAUUCAAAACUUCAGAGUGAGAGAAAUUUGUCUGCUUCCUUUUAUCAACACGUUGACUAAGACAACUCGCAAUGUCUAGCUCUACAAAGGCUUUGGACCCUGCUUUCCAAGGAGCUGGACAGAAACUAGGAACUGAAAUAUGGAGAAUUGAGAACUUCCUACCUGUACCAUUGCCCAAAUCCGACUAUGGUAAAUUCUACACCGGAGACUCUUACAUUAUCUUACAGACAAGUCCUGGUAGGGGAGGUGCCUAUCUUUAUGAUAUUCACUUUUGGCUUGGAAAGGAUACUAGCCAGGAUGAAGCUGGAACAGCUGCUAUUAAAACAGUCGAGCUAGAUGCAGCUCUUGGAGGGAAGGCUGUGCAGCAUAGGGAACUCCAAGGUUUUGAAUCUGACAAAUUCGUGUCAUAUUUUAAACCAUGCAUCAUACCUUUAGAGGGUGGAGUUGCAUCUGGGUUUAAGACGCCAGUGGAAGAUGAAUUUGAAACAAAGCUGUAUAUUUGUCAUGGAAAACGAGCUGUUAAGAUGAAGCAGGUCCCAUUUGCUCGCUCCUCUUUAAACCAUGAUGAUGUUUUUAUCUUGGACACAAAAGAUAAGAUUUAUCAGUUCAAUGGUGCGAACUCCAACAUACAAGAAAGGGCCAAGGCUUUGGAAGUUGUCCAGUUUCUUAAGGAUCGAUACCAUGAAGGAAAAUGUGAUGUGGCCAUUGUUGAUGAUGGAAACCUUCAAGCUGAAUCUGAUUCUGGUGAAUUCUGGGUUCUCUUUGGUGGUUUUGCCCCAAUUAGUAGAAAGGUUAUUAGUGAGGAUGAAGUCAUUCCUGAAGAAACGGCAGCUAAGCUUUACAGUAUCAAUGAUGGUCAAGCUCAAGCCCUGGAAGGUGAACUUUCCAAAGGGAUAUUGGAAAAUAAUAAAUGUUAUCUGUUGGACUCUGGAGUUGAGGUGUUUCUUUGGUUUGGUCGUGUCACACAAUUGGAGGACAGAAAGGCUGCCUGCCAGGCUGCAGAGAAUUUUCUUUCCAGCCAAAAUAGGCCAAAGACAACACGUGUCACCCGAGUUAUUCAAGGGUAUGAGACGCAUUCUUUCAAGUCUCACUUUGAUUCUUGGCCAACUGGCUCAACAGCUCCUAGUACCGAAGAAGGCAGAGGAAAAGUAGCAGCUUUUCUGAAGCAGCAAGGCAUUGGUGCCAAAGGCAUGAAUAGAAGUGCACCUGUCAAUGAGGAUGUUCCUCCCCUGCUUGAAGCUAGUGGAAAAAUUGAGGUGUGGCGAAUUAAUGGUAGUGCCAAGACUCCGGUACCAAAGGAGGAUAUUGGCAAAUUUUACAGCGGUGAUUGCUACAUUAUUUUGUAUGCUUACCACUCUGGUGAGAAAAAGGAAGACUACUACUUGUGCUGGUGGAUUGGAAAGGAUAGCAUAGAGGAUGACCAGAAGAUGGCAGCAAGGUUGGCUAACACAAUGUGUAAUUCUCUUAAAGGAAGACCUGUCCUGGGUCGCAUUUUUCAAGGAAAGGAGCCACCGCAAUUUGUUGCGAUAUUUCAGCCUAUGGUUGUGCUAAAGGGUGGACUGAGUUCUGGGUACAAGAAAUUUGUUAAUGAGAAAGGGUUGACUGAUGCAAGUUAUUCCGUUGAUGGUGUUGCAUUAAUAGAAAUAUCCGAUAUUUCCUUGCAUAACAAUAAAGCUCAACAAGUUGACUCGGUGGCAGCAUCUCUGAACUCCUAUAAUUGCUUUAUUUUGCAAUCAAGCUCUGCAAUUUUCAUCUGGCAUGGCAAUCAGAGCACUUUUGAGCAGCAACAAUUAGCUGCUAAAGUUGCUGAAUUUUUGAAGCCUGGAAGUACUAUUAAGCAUGCUAAAGAAGGAACUGAAAAUUCAGUGUUUUGGUCUGCACUUGGAGGGAAACAACCGUACUCAAGCAAAAAGUCAUCGCCGGAACUUGUCAGGGAUCCCCACCUGUUUUCAUUUUCCUUCAAAAAAGGAAAGUUUCAGGUUGAAGAAAUUUACAAUUUUACACAAGAUGAUCUAUUGACAGAGGAUAUGAUGAUACUUGACACCCAUGUUGAAAUUUUUGUGUGGGUUGGUCAGUCAGUUGACCCCAAAGAAAAGCAGACAGCUUUUGACAUUGGCCAGAACUACAUACAAUUGGCUGGUUCAUUAGAAGGGCUUUCUCCGAAGAUCCCUCUGUACAGAAUCACUGAAGGAAAUGAACCAUGCUUCUUCACGACUUACUUCUCUUGGGAGCCAGCCAAAGGAAUUGUGCAAGGGAACUCAUUUCAGAAGAAGGUCAUGCUACUAUUUGGUGCAGGCCAUUCUGCAGAGACCCCAAGUAGAUCUAAUGGCGGAGCAACACAGAGAGCAUCUGCUUUGGCAGCCUUGUCAAAUGCCUUUAACCCCUCUUCUGGAGAGAAGUCCAGUGCUUCAGAUAGGUCAAAUGGGUCUAAUCAGGGGGGUGCAACACAACGUGCAGCUGCUUUAGCUGCUUUGUCAACUGCCUUGAACUCAUCGCCUGAAAACCAGCCUGCUGCAGUCACUGCUCCAAGGCCAGUUAACACUGGUCAGGGAUCACAGAGGGCUGCUGCAUUGGCUGCGCUUUCAUCGGCCCUUACUGCAGAAAAGACACCUGAUGCAUCGCCUGCCCGAUCUGUUAGAAGUCCUUCACCACCAGCAGACGGUACCCCUUCUGCUAAUAAAGAGAUAGAAAGCUCUGCUCCAGAGGUGGUCGAAGACUCUCAAAGUGAAGCUACUGAAGCUCAAGAAACAGCAAGUGUAGAGCCUGAAUUUGUGAGCAAUGGUGAGGAAUCAGUGUCCAAAGAUGACGCUGAACAACAGGAAUUGACCGGUUCUGGAAGUACACAAAGCACAUUCAGUUACGAGCAAUUGAGAGCCAAAUCUGAAAAUCCUGUCACAGGAAUCGAUUUCAAGCGCAGAGAGGCUUAUCUAUCCGAUGAAGAAUUCCUGUCUAUUUUCGAUGCAACAAAGGAAGAGUUUUACAAACUUCCCAGAUGGAAACAAGACAUGCAGAAAAAGAAGUUCGAUCUGUUUUAGAUUCAAAUUCUCGACUUCUUGUCUACAUUUCCUCAACGCAAAGUUCUUCAACAUCAUCUGCAUUAAGCUGCGAGUAAAAUACGUGAGUCACUCAGUACAUUCAACUUGGUUUGCUUGUUUUUCUUCUUUUUUGUACGAUAACCUUCAGGUUGGUUUGGUGUCUGUUGGCUGUUAAUAUGAAUGUUGCUUUUGGGAUUAGUCGGCCAGAAGAGUCAUUUUUGUAUCUCUUUAAUUAUUCCAUUUGUUUUAUAGGUUCUUUUAAGAUGCCAUUCUUUUCAAUAUAGUUAUGUAUUCUAAGCAAUCAAACAAAUCUUCAAUCCUUUUGUGCAAGGAGUGUAUAUGUAUUUGAUUGUAUUUUUGUUGUACGGUUUUGUUAUGUGUUUAUGUCCAUUAAAAAUAUUGAUGAAGUGAUGUGCUAUUUAUAAUGGUUUGUGAAAAAUGAUUGACUUGUUACAUCGGCGCGAAAUGAGAUUUUAUAGUGG